CACAGUCUUGCUGCUCCACUCUGACGGCGUGUGUUGGAGGGGAAGGGUGUAGUAGCACAGAACUACAGUCUUACUAAAGAACAAACGUCCUAAUCAAGAUCCUUUUCAGAUAUAGUUGAGAGGAUUCUCACGAAAAUCACCUCGACAUUUCCAGGAACCGUGAGUUCAAGUGCCACAAGGUGUCGGUGAACGUUGAUUAGCGGCUGCGUUAGCUGUUGUGCUAACACCUCGUUUACAUUCACCGUCAUCAGACAGCAUCAGUUCAGCACCAGACCCGCCACUUACUGCACUCCUGCGAGCUUCCCUCACGCUUUAGGCAGCCGUUAUUGAGUUGAUUUGCCCCCACUGGAAAGGUUGUCGGAGCUGAACCCCUCCCUGUGGCUUCUGUGCUCCCCCGUCACCUUUAACCCCCCCACCCCCCCUCUUUCACCCGAAACACUGGACACACACAAGCGGCCGGAGAACGGCGAGAGGCCCGUGAAGCUGGGGGUGGUACCGGACUCGCACGCUGUCGGAGCGCCUAAAGAGAGGCACAGUUGUGGGGACCCGCCGACGAACAUGGACGGGUUGGCGGUGGAGGUGCGCGGCUCCAACGGGGCCUUCUACAAGGGUUUCAUCAAGGAUGUACACGAAGACUCCCUCACAAUAGUCUUUGAAAACAAUUGGCAACCGGAGAGACAGCUGCCGUUCAGUGACGUGAGGUUGCCGCCCCCACCCGAUUACCACAAGGACAUUUGUGAGGGUGAUGAGGUGGAGGUUUACUCCAGAGCCAAUGAGCAGGAGCCCUGCGGCUGGUGGCUGGCGAGGGUGAGGAUGAUGAAGGGAGAGUUCUAUGUGAUCGAGUAUGCAGCCUGUGACGCCACAUACAACGAAAUUGUCACAUCAGAACGAAUCCGUCCAGUCAAUCCUAACAGCCCCUCCUCUCAAAACUCCUUCUACAAAGUCCCCAUCGCUGUACCCGAUGAUCUCAGAGACAUCUGUUUAACUGAGAACAUCCACAAAGACUUCAGGAAAGCAAUUGGAGCCAACUGCAUCUUCUACAACACCUGCACACACCAACUAAUUGUCCUGUCCACAAAUGAAUCCACGGUGAAACGAGCAGCCCUACUGAGUGACAUGCAUUUCCGGAGUAUUCGCACCAAACUCAUGCUGAUGUCCCGUAACGAGGAGGCCACCAAACACUUAGAGACAAGUAAACAGCUGGCGUCUGCGUAUCAGGAGGAAGUGAGGGUGCGUGAGGAUCUAAUGGGUCUGGCCAUUGGUUCUCACGGCGCCAACAUCCAGCAGGCCCGCAAAGUUCCCGGCGUCACUGCCAUUGAGCUGGAAGAAGAGAGCUGCACAUUCAGGAUCUACGGAGAGACCCCAGAGGCAGUAAAGCAGGCCAGAACUUAUCUAGAGUUUAAAGAGGAUUCCUUCCAGGUUCCAAGGAAUCUCGUAGGCAAAGUUAUUGGCAAAAACGGCAAAAUUAUCCAGGAAAUAGUAGACAAAUCAGGUGUGGUUCGGGUCCGGAUCGAAGGGGACAAUGAUAAAAAGCUGCCCAGGGAGGAGGUAGGCAGGCAGGGGGCUGGCAGAGACAACACUGUCAGCGGCCAAGAGGGAAUGGUUCCCUUUAUUUUUGUUGGAACCAAAGAGAACAUCAGUAAUGCCCAGGCCUUGCUCGAAUACCAUGUGGCCUACCUUCAGGAGGUGGAGCAGUUGCGUCUUGAGCGUCUACAGAUUGAUGAACAGCUCCGACAGAUUGGGGUGGGAUAUCGUGCACCCCCCAGUCGCUCUGGUUCAGGGGCCGCCGGCGAGCGUGAACGAGGCUACCUCACGGACGAGAGCACCAACUCUCUGCAGGCCACACGCACCUACGGAGGAAGAGGACGUGGACGCAAAUCUAACAAUACAUACUCUGGCUAUGGAACAAACUCUGAGCUGUCAAAUGCAUCAGAGACAGAAGAGAUAGGGGACCGGGAGCCCAGGCCAAAAGGGGUUGGGGCAGAGGACAGGGGUUCCAAGCGUGGAGUUCGUGGCCGUGGCUCCAGCACUGGCAGAGGCCGUGUAGGACCAGGGCCUCGAAACACUAACACCAUCAGCUCAGUGCUCCGAGACCCAGACAGUAACCCGUACUCUCUGCUGGAGGGAGACGGUGAACUAGGCGGUGACACAGAUGCCAGUGAGAACAUGGGCGGCAUUGACCGCAGGAGACGUUCACGUCGUCGCCGUAAUGACCAGGAACCCAGCCUUAUGGAUGCAGCUGCUAACGAAUCAGACAGUCAGGCAGCCGCCAGUGAGAAUGGACUGGAAGAGGAAGGCAGACCCCAGCGCCGCAAUAGAAGCCGCCGUCGCCGUAACCGUGGCAACCGUCCUGAGGGAGGCUCUACCAGCCGUGACAGACAGCCAGUUACUGUUGCUGACUUCAUCUCUCGUGCCGAUUCCCAGAGCAGACAGAAUCUCUCAGGGAAGGAGGAGGCAACGCAGCAUGUGUCACAUCCCAAGGAAAAUGGGACUAGCACGAGUAAGGAAGAGCGUACUCCCUCCAAGCACUCCCCUAGCAGCGGCGUGGCAUCGCCAGGGGAGGCUGUAGCCCUGGUGAAUGGCGUCUCGUAAAAAGUCAUCUCGCCUCUUCAAGACCCACGUCUAAAGCAAGACACCAUGGCAAACUCUGUCCCUGCUUGCAUUCACGUAAACCUUUAAACUGACGAAUGAAAAUGGACUAAAAUCCUUGAAUUCAUACAAGUCUACGAGAAGAAAAUGAUACAAAAAAAAAUGACGAACGCAUCUACUUUAAACCACACAUAACUGUGUAUGUUUAUCCUAUCUAUCAGUACUUAGUGCAUAUUUAAGACAAGCUUGCCAAAAAUGAGCUCAUGGAUAUGACUCAAAUUUUCUGACAUAACACAGAAAACAGGACGUGACUAUUUGGGUUUUAUUUUAGGGUUUUUUUUGUUGUUGUUGUUGUUGCUGUCAUUAUUUGUUUUUGUUUGUUUGUACUCACUGGUGUGGGAUUGUGAAAACGCUCCCAAAUAGACGCAUCUCUGAAACAGUGUUAGCUAAACUAGGGUGGAGCUAGUGGAGAGGCGAUGGGUUGAAGGCGGAGCCUCUCACAAGUGAUUGACAGUUAAGUCUGUGGUACUACUUUUUUCUUUUUUUUUUUUUCUUUUUUUUUUUUUUUUUAGGGCAAAGUUUUAGGGUAAAACGGAGAGACAUUGUGCCUUGAAUUUGAAAAAGAGAAAAAAAAAAAAAAAAAAAAACUUGAGUAUUUUCUUUUUUCCCUUAAUAUUUGCGUUGUUCAUGAGAUGAAGUAGAUGGUUCCUGUUUGGUGUUUUUAUUUUGUCUGAGGAAAUGACAGGAUAAUGCAGAAUUAGAGGAGUUAGAGUUUGGGGGGAGAGAUAGAUAAUUAAUGCCAAACAUGAAAUUAGGACGUUUGUCCAAGAUCAAGUAGUUAUUUGAAAGCCGUUUAAUGUGUGUUUGUGUGUACGAGUGUGUGUCUGUUUGUACAUGUUGUGAGCAUAUAAAUUUGGAGGAACGUUACAUGAUCCAAGAGACAACCCAGAAGAAUCCCAAAUGGAUUUUGUCUCUUUAGUUAAAGUUUGGUGAAAGUGGCUCAAGUGUCGGCAGCCUUUCCAAACAGAACUAGAGAGAGACGUAAAUGAACUAACUGACAGGUUUCUGAUAAUUUUCAGAAUCUCUUUCCUCAGCAGUCCCCCGUACCUUCUGGUGGAAGGCAGGCAGGAUGAGUGUGGAAGGUAGCACACACUCGACAUAUUCCAGCCUUUUAGCCACAACUGACUGAAGGGCAGGAGGGGGUUUGUGCCCCCCUGUGUGGAUGGUUGGUCUUGAUGGUCUAGAAGGCACUCUGGAAACAGUGAAACCCUAUUAAGAUAAAGCCAGUAACACUGAGACAGAUGCUUGAGUUCACACACACACGUGCAUGUACACACAUACAUCCGAGAGCAUUGUAAUGUACUCCAAUUCUGUCAAAUGGAGUUUUGGCCUCUGCUGUCUCUGCUGGGGAGUUUUGAUGCAGUGGCAGAGAAGCUGAUCAAGUGUUUGUGUCCCUGGUUGUCAUGGGUAAAGGGGAGAGGACCGUUCCCUCACUUUAUUACUGUCAUCUCAGUUCCUGCUCUCAAAGUUUUUUUUUUUUUUUUUUUUUUUUUUUUUUGGUUGUACUUUCCACAUAAAAGGAAAAAAAAGAUUAAAAUGGAAGUGAAAUAAAUUAUUUCUGCAAUGA